AUGUCCAACGACGAACGCCAUUCCGAACAGAUCGAACGCCCACCACUCGUAUCAGCCCUUUCCGAGUCAGGGCGACGAAUCUCCUCCCAACAUGUCCGCUUUUCAACAGACAUUGAGCGCGAGGAAGAACGCCAAACACGUCCCACCUCCCGCGGCUUAAGCAUCAACACGGCGCUGGCGCCGCCGACCGUGCCUACUGCGGCGCGAUCGCCUACAUCGCCUCUCUCUCCUCCAAAUGCCCAGUCAACACUAUCGCCCAUCUCCCCCGUCGAGCCCGCCGGUCGGUCUCGCUCGCGAAAUCGCGGCUACUCCCUCCGACGCUCGAUCUUUAAUAAAACUAUUACCUCGACAGAGGCCAAGGACGACCUGGCCCUAGCUGAGCUAGGAGAAGCGCGGGAGCCCGAAGUGAACGAGAAGCAUGAGUUGAGUACGGCGCCGACGACCGAUUCUACGCAUAAAGAGGAGGUAGCCACGUAUGUCUCAUCCGAGCCAUCGGAGAAGGCGUUCAAGGACCUUGCCCAGGAGCGAUGGGCCAAGAAGAAUUCGACGAAAGAUGCGGCGGUGGCGCGUAUUCAGGCGGCUCUUACAUCGGCGCAGAAAUUCAUUCUCAGAAUCAAGGAUAUCCCGCCGACCAAGGAUGGCCGACAUCUUGAUUUGAACCCUUCCUUGCCGGUAUAG